AUGAAGUAUUCCAUUCUCGCCGGCCUGUCCCUUGUGGGCGCUGCCCUGGCCAAGAGCUCUAUUCCCUCCAUUGAGGUCAAGGGCAAGAAGUUCUUCUACUCCAACAACGGUACUGAGUUCUCCAUUCGUGGUGUUGCUUACCAGGCCAACUUCGAUGGUACUUCCAAGUCUGGUAGCAGCGAUAGCUACGUCGAUCCCCUCGUCGAUGCCUCCACUUGUGAACGUGAUAUCCCCUACCUGCUCUCGCUCCGCACCAAUGUCGUUCGUACCUACGCCAUUAACCCGAACCAGUCCCACGAUGACUGCAUGAAUGCCCUCGCCGACGCCGGAAUCUAUGUUAUCAGUGAUUUGUCCGCCCCUGAUGAGUCCAUCGUCUCAUCCGACCCUUCCUGGAACGCCGAGUUGUUCACUCGUUACUCCCAGGUUGUGGACACCCUCGCUCCCUACCCCAACGUCAUUGGUUUCUUCGCCGGUAACGAGGUUGCGGAUGCGGUCAACAACACUGCUUCCAUGGCUUUCGUCAAGGCUGCUGUCCGUGACAUGAAGACUUACAUCAAGGACAAGAACUACCGUUCUUCCCUGGCUGUCGGUUACGCUACUGAUGAUAACCAAUACGUUCGUGAGGGUAUCUCCAACUACCUUGUCUGCGACAAGCCUGAGGACUCCAUCGACUUCUUCGGUUACAACAUUUACGAGUUCUGCGGUAAGAGCAAUUUCGCUGACUCGGGUUACAAGGACCGCACGGAGGAGUUUUCUGACUACCCCGUUCCCGCUUUCUUCUCCGAAUACGGCUGCGUUCAGGGCACCAAGCCUCGUCCAUUCGACGACGUUCCUCUUCUGUACAGUGACAAGAUGAAUGAUGUCUGGAGCGGUGGUAUCGUCUACAUGUACUUCGAGGUUGGCAACCACUAUGGUCUCGUCUCCACCUCGGGCAGCUCCGUCUCCAAGAAGCAGGACUUCGACAACCUCUCCUCUCAAAUGCAGAAGGUCAGCGCCACUGGUGUCAACAGCGCCGACUACAAGGUCACCACCACCGUUGGCCGCUCUUGCCCUACCACCGGCUCCGACUGGAUGGCCAACAGCAAGCUUCCUCCCUCGCCCAACUCUGACCUGUGCGAGUGCAUGUACGACUCCCUCGAGUGUAUUCCCGUGGAUGGCCUUUCCGACAAGAAGAUCAAGGAAGUCUACGACUACCUUUACGGUCUGAAGGCCAAGGGAACGAUCGAUGCCGUCAGCGGUGUCUACGCUAACGGUACCGAGGGUGUGUACGGCGCCUAUUCCAUGUGUAACGCCAAGCAGCGUGUUGCCUGGGCUAUGGACCGCUACGCUAAGAAGAACGGCGGUGCCUCUGCCUGUGCCUUCUCAGGCAAGGGUACUUCCAAGGCCACCUCGACCGCUACCGGCUCCUGCGCUACCCAGAUGAGUUCCAUCGGUGCGGCUGGUACCAACACCAUCAACGCCGGCCUGGCUGCCUCCAGCGGUGCUGCCGAUGGUGGCUCCAACGGCGGUGGUGCCUCUGCCACCUCUUCCGGUAUCGCCGCUGGCAUGAACCAGCCCCGGUCUGUGCACGUCGGUGCGUGGCAGCUUGGUGCUUACGCCGUUGCUGCUAUCGGCACUGGUGCUUUCAUGAUCAUGCUUUAA